AUGGCUUCAGGAAUCGCUGCCCAGGUUUUUGCGGUAUUCCUGGGUGUAUUGUUUAUUGCUUCAGGUUCUGUGAAAACAAUAAAGCUUAAUUCGUCGCUUUACCGAGAACUGCUAAAAGCCUUUAUUAAUUUAACUAAUGCGUCACCUAUCCGUCUGCUUGGUUUAAAAACCAGCCCACUUGUCUACAUGCAAACGUCUGGUGUUAUUGAACUUAUUUGCGGCACGACCCUUGCGACAGGUACUUUACGCUCUCAAAGUGUCGCGUGCAUUGGAUUAAUGAGCUUAAUGUUCCUCACGUCUUACUGCCACAUGGUAUUAGGCGACGUCGGCAGUGUAAGUUUUUAUGAUAAGUUAAUUUUAAAUAGGCUGUUGUCCCCAUUGGAUACCUGGUUCUUUUAUAUUGGCUGCACUCUUCGCUCAAAAGUAGACAGUCUGAAUCUCAUUCACUGUAGUCUUCUUUUUUUUAAUUUUGCCCCAAUCUAA